AACAGAUGGCGUGUGAUGCCUUUUGACUCGCUCCAAACAGAGGAUGCUUUAACAACAGGACGAUAAACCAUGUCGAGCAGGAACACACUGUCAUCUAAGGGACAGGAGUCACCAGAAUCCUUCUACACCUAUGAUUUCUGUGACCCAACCCAUUCCACGGAGGUUCUAGAAGCCCUCGGAGAAUACUACACAGAAGGCUUGUUUACUGACAUAGCUCUACAGUGCUCUACAGGGGAGCUCUUCCACUGCCAUAAAGUGGCUCUGUGCUCCCGUAGUUCCUACUUCAGAGCCAUGUUCACAGCCGAUAUGAGAGAGAGGUCCCACAGUGUCAUCAGACUAGCUGGGGUAGAUGUGGAGGUGCUGACGACUCUGGUGAACUAUGUGUACACCUCCAAGGUAGGCUACACCUCUGAGACCAUUUAUGAGUGACUGUCCGGUAUGUGAAUGUAGUAGCCUAAUAUUAAAAAAUUGUAUGUUUUUUAACCGUUAUUUAACUAGGCAAGUCAGUUAAAGAACAAAUUCUUAUUUACAAUGACGGCCCAC